UCGUGCGCCGGCGGUGCGCGGGGAGCUGGCGGCUGCGAUGCUCAACUCCUGGGAAGCCGCGCUGGGCGCCGCCGUCUCCGUCCCCGUCCUUCUCUUCGUGGCAGCGCCCUACAUCAGGCGGUAUGUCGCUGGAGGACAGUGUAAGUCGACAGCAAGGCUGGAAGGGAAGGUGGUGAUAAUCACAGGAGCCAACACAGGCAUCGGGAAAGAGACCGCCAGAGACCUUGCGCAAAGAGGUGCGAGAGUAAUUAUUGCCUGCAGAGACAUAGCAAAGGCAGAAGCUGCAGCCAGUGAAAUCCGAGCUGAGACAGGGAACCAGCAAGUCAUUGUGAAAAAGCUGGACUUGGCUGAUACAAAGUCUAUCCGGGAGUUUGCUGAGAAAUUUCUAGCAGAGGAGAAGGAACUCCAUAUUCUCAUUAAUAAUGCUGGGGUAAUGUUAUGCCCUUACUCCAAGACUGCUGAUGGCUUUGAGAUGCAUCUGGGAGUCAAUCAUCUUGGUCAUUUUCUCUUGACUUUCCUGUUGCUGGAGCGUCUGAAGCAGUGUGCCCCAGCCCGUAUCGUGAAUGUGUCCUCACUGGCUCAUCACGGAGGCAGAAUCCGCUUCCAUGAUCUCCACGGUGAGAAAUGCUACAAUCGUGGCCUCGCCUACUGUCACAGCAAAUUGGCGAACGUGCUCUUCACCCGGGAGCUGGCCAGGCGGCUGCAAGGCACUAAAGUCACAGCAAAUGCUCUCCAUCCCGGUUCCGUGUACUCUGAACUGGUCAGGCACUCGUUUGUAAUGACUUGGCUGUGGAAGAUAUUCUCCUUCUUCUUGAAGACGCCUUGUGAGGGAGCUCAGACCAGUAUCUACUGUGCAGUAGCUGAGGAGCUGGACUCUGUGACAGGACAGUAUUUCAGUGAUUGCCAGCCAGCAUACGUAUCUCCACGUGGUCGGGAUGAUGAGAUAGCAAAGAAGCUCUGGAGUGUGAGCUGUGAGCUCCUUGGCAUCCAGUGGGACUGAGCAGCACCAAGAGUGUCCCUGGCUGGGCCCACCAAUGCUUCUCCAGGGAACAGCACUGCUGAGAGGCCUCAAGAGUAGAAUGCUAAUACUUCAGCUGCUCUAAGGAUGGCUCUGUGGGCACAACACAAUUUGAAUUUCUGGAAUAUUACACUUAAGGAUUGAGAGUUUAAGCAGUCAGUCCUUCUUCCUAGCUGGAGAAUUAGAGCACUGAUGCAGGAAGCAACCUGCUUGUAAUCUCACACAGCAGCUCGAGGCUAUGGUUCUCUGGCUUUAGAAUAGAAAGGGAGGUUGCAAUCUUAGGUUUAGAUUGUGAAGUAACAAGGAAUUACUUUAAAUAAAGUUUGGUUGAUUUUUUUCCUAACAGCAAUAAAAAAGGUAGGACUCUGAACUUAUGAUGAGAUUCCACUCCUUUUAGUUCCUACCCUUUGACCUAGUGUAGCAAAAAUAAUUUAGUUAGAUUUUAUGGCAAGUUAUGCAAUAUAAAUACUCUCAAGCACACAGAAACAGGUCCUGGCGUUUUUCUGCCAAGCAUUAGGUGAACUUUUUACAUGGAAUCACUUUCUCUGCAUGCUCUGUAAGAAGCUGGACCCUAGCCACUAAGGUAUUUUGGCCCUAAAUACCCACUGAUUGCAUUAAAUAAACUGAGGGUUGACAAAUCUGAGAACUCAGAUUUUGGUGCAGGUGGGCUCCAAUUGUGCACAGGCAAUUUAUUUAAAAAAUCAACAUCUCUUGUGAAGCAUUAAACAAAGAUGGUGUAACAGUUGUCACAGUAAACCCCCAGCUGCACUUUACUUUACAACCUAGAAAAUAGAGCAGAAUGAAUAAGGAACAUCUCAACCACGUUAAAAAACAUUAAACAACUUCAGCUGAAACUUUAGCUUUAAAUGACACCAAACUCCCUAGAGACUAUCCUGGUAUUAUGGUCAAGCUGGCUCUAAGACAGGAAGGUAGGACUUGCACAGAAAUCCUUGCAUUUGUCUGCCCAGCAGUUAUUGGUUGCCAAGGCUGCCAGCCUGCCCUUGCAGGACCACACAGCUUGCACUUUUCACGAAGCAGCUGGCUCAGGUCAUGUAGCACUGCUCCCUUGGAACUCCAGUGCUAUGUGAGUGCAAAUUGCUGGAGUGUGAUCCAUAAUCAGAGAUUAUUUCUGAAAGAGUUAAGCAGUCAGAAACCAAGUGCCACAGCUCAUACGAUUAUCUUCUGCUUCUGAAAAAAAGCCUGGAAGUUUUUGGACUUGUGUAUGAGCACUGUGACCAACUGCCAGUUUUGGAAAAUAAAUGCUAAUUUUAAUUCUUCCUGUCUGGAUGCUCUCUCUGCAGAUCAGUCCUCUGCUACCUCUGAGCAAUACUAAAUAAAGCCAUUUUCCUUUUACAAUAGGACUACGUAUCUUCUUUCAGAAAUGCUGAAUCAGUUUACUUGGUGUUGCUGUUACCUACACCUGCCUCAGUAAGGUAGAGAAUUCAGUCCAGGUAACAUUUUAAAAAGUCCCUUUGUGUUUCUCCCCGUCACUCUACUUUUUUUUUUUUUUUCCCCCCCUCUCCCUCUUUAUGCUUCAUCUCAAUUAGGAAGCUAAAUCCACAACUAGAAUGUAGCA